AUGGGAUUCUUCGAAACCAUCACUUCACUACAUGGUAGACAAACAACAUCAAAUCUUAAAGAAUGGACAACAAACAAAAGAAGAUUGGCCUCGAUGAUCAACAGGAGGAUAUUCCUAUUGGAGUGUAAAAGGAAAAACCUCAUUCCUAGUCACAUAAAACACAACUUGAAAAACGUGUUGAGAUUGUUCGAGAUGGAAGGUAGUCAUCAACAUAAUAGAGAGGUAGAAAAAUUAAACCGAAAACUCUCAAGCUCUAUUAUAAGAUUGGAAAUUAGCAACACUAACAGACAAAUAAAUAAAAUCCAGAAAACCAACAAUAAAUUAGUAGAGUUGCUAAGAAACAAGCUAACACUGGAGACCGUAAACGAAUACACAAGGAGACAACAAUUAUACUACAACAGAAUAUUCAAUCAGAUUAAACAAAAGAAUAUUGCCAAGAUUGCCAAUCUUGAAAAAUCAAUCAGUGAUGGGAGUCUCAGAAUACAGGAUAAAUGGAUAAGGAAUACUACAGACAGAGAAAUACCAGAUGAUGUAAAAACUAUGUUGGCACUGGGCUCAAAAUUCAGUAUACCAGUUUCAGCAAAUCAAAUACCCAUAUACAAACUUAUCACAGAUGUGGAGGAUUUAAUCCAGAAGGUUCCAACAGAGAGGAGGGAUUUUCUGAGAGGAAAAACAACAAGCAUAAUUACCAACUUUAUACACAAUAACAGCAACAAGAAUUACACAACAGAAAGACUAUUCAACGUGACAAAAUCCUUCUUGAGGGACAAUGAAGAGUUGAUUGUACUUAACAGUGACAAAGGAUCGGUAACGGUGAUAAUGGAGAAGCAAGACUAUGUACAAAAAAUGCUAGCGAUCAUCAAUUCUAGUAGUUUUAAAGAAUUACCCAUGGACCCGACUCAAAGGAUACAAACAAAAUGUAACAAAUUCGUUUCCUUGUUGGAGACACACAAAGUUAUCACAAGAGAAAAGGCAAGGCAAAUGAGGACCUACAGCUCAAAUACACCUAAAAUAUAUGGCAAUCCAAAGAUACAUAAACCGGACACUCCGUUGAGGCCAAUAGUAUCUUGUAUACAGGCACCAACCCGGUAUCUUUCUGGGUAUGUAGCAGAGAUAUUGAGUAUGGCGUAUGAUAAAGACAAUGAAUAUUAUAUCAGGGAUUCCUUCGAGUUUGCUGAUCUUGUGAACAAUCUUAAGGUACCACCUGACCACGUUGUCAUAUCGUUGGAUGUGGUCAACUUGUUCGGAAACAUCCAGAGUGAACUAGCAAUCGAAGCAAUAAGUAAAAAAUGGAAUGUAAUCCAAGAAUAUACGAACAUACCUAAACAACUCUUUAUGGAUAUCCUCAACUUUCUGAUGGAGAACAGUUAUUUCUCCUUCCAAGGAAAAUUUUACCUGCAGAUAUUUGGAAGUUCCAUGGGCUCAGAUCUGAGUCCAAUAAUAUCCCUUUAUGUGAUGGAUUAUCUUCUGGAUGGCACGGUUGCCAAGUUGCCAUUUAAAUUGUUUCUUAUAAAAAAGUACGUAGAUGAUCUCCUACUCAUUGCUCCAGCUAACGAAAUCACUAACAUCAAAACCACAUGUAAUAGUUUUAAUGAACACAUCCAGUUCACUGUAGAGGAAGAAGAUGAAAACCACUCAGUUCCAUUUUUGGACACAAAGGUCUGCCGAAUAAACAACACCAUAAAAUUAGACUGGUGUAGAAAAGACAUAACUUCGGACAAAUUUAUCCAUUACUUAUCUGAUCACCCAAUCAAGACGAAAAUAAAUACUAUAAAAGGAAUGAGAACAAGGGUAGAUAGAAUUUGCCAUCCCGAUUUCAGGCAGGUAAAUAGUAACAAGCUUUUCAAAAUAUUUGUGGAAAAUGGUUAUCCAAGGAGUAUGCUCAGAAAACUACUUUUUGAGUCGGCCACAAGUAGAAUGAAUGAGGUUGAAGAAGUCAAUGUACCAUCACAAAACAAUGAUAUAAAUGAGAUAAAAUAUGGGAGUAUAAUGAACAUAAAAACCCUCUCUAGUAGAAUCAAGAACUGUUUUAAGGAGUAA